UCAAAUUCGGCAAAGGACAGUCCCUCCAAGGCCUCUUCACAAUGUACCAUCCAACAAGAGGCGGCGUACGAGGCGGUCAGGAUCAGUUUACCUGGGAGUCAGUGAAAGAUGACAAGUUUCGUGAAAACUACCUUGGCCAUUCUCUAAUGGCACCGGUCGGGCGUUGGCAGCAAGGCAAGGAUUUGACUUGGUAUGCUAAGGAUAAAAAUUCAGAAGAGGCAAAGAAAAGGGCGGCGGCGGAGGAACUGCGGCGAAUAAAGGAAGCAGAAGCUGAUGCACUAGCUGUUGCUUUGGGUGGCAAGAAAAAGAACACCGGGAGUGGAAAUGUCACUCAACAAGACCUCAAGAAUGCUUUGAAAAUGAACGACGAAGAUCAAGAUCCUACUAUGGAAGACAAGGGCCUUGGAUACGGACAGUGCUUCUAGGGAAGUCUUGCCUGGCUC